CAUAUCAUUUCGUUUAAACCCUAAACCCCCAAAAUAUCCGCCUAAAAAUAAAUUAGCGCCAUUUCUUCCUUAUCUAUAUUUCUCGUUCUUUUUCUCUCCCGCUCGAUCAAGUCCUCCCUCACUCAGCUGUUGCCACUGCUCUAAUGGCGACAUUCAAUUCGUCUCUCCUCUCAAAGAUGAUAAUUUGCCCGUCUUCGCAUUUCACUGAUUUAAAGCCAAGAUCUUCUGUUUCGGUCUAUGCUUCGAUAUCUCGGGUUCCUCUUGUUCCCUCAUAUCGAUUCAAUUCUGCACCUUACUUCUCACCUCGUCCUUGUUUGAGUUCUUCUUCGUUAUCGACAUCCACUCGAGCGGCGGUUGACAGAGACUACACUUCUAGGAGGAGCAAUAACAAUGAGCCCAGGGAAACCAUCUUGCUACCGGGUUGUGAUUACAACCAUUGGCUCAUUGUCAUGGAGUUUCCCAAAGACCCGGCUCCAACGAGAGAGCAGAUGAUCGAUACGUAUCUUAACACUCUUGCUACUGUGUUGGGAAGUAUGGAAGAAGCGAAGAAGAACAUGUAUGCCUUUAGUACUACCACCUACACUGGAUUCCAAUGUACUGUGUCUGAAGAAACAUCUGAGAAAUUCAAGGGGUUGCCUGGAGUUCUUUGGGUGUUGCCGGAUUCAUAUAUAGAUGUGAAAAAUAAGGAUUAUGGAGGUGACAAGUAUAUUAAUGGGGAGAUAAUACCAUGCAAAUACCCCACUUAUCAACCAAAGCAACGGAGUGGAUCAAAAUACGAGAGUAGAAGAUAUGAAAGACGGAGAGAUGGCCCUCCACCUGAACGCAGGAGACCCAGACAAGAGGCAGCUCAACCAGACUCAGCCUCUGGAUAAGAUAAUCAGAAUUGGAUAUACAUGUUAUUACUGCUUUGAUUUUGAAAAUGGCGGGACUUUGCAAACUUCUGUAACUCAUUGUUGGUUAUUUGUUAGAGGCACUAUCAUGACUGGAUGGGAGGUGCUGCCUAAAUAUUGUCUAUGGUGAAGAUUCUGCUCAUGUAUAAUUAAGGCCUUCAGUGUAGUUCCAUCUGGUAGAAACUAGAUUGUUUAAGAGUAUUUUUGUAAGAUUGUUUUUGACCUUUAAGAUAAUCGAUUUGGCUAUAGUUAUACUUA